GUGCGCGAUGUUUAGAGUUCUGAUGUCGUGGCGCUUUAGGGGAAAGUCUUGGUGUCUCGCCGGGACCGGCUGCUGAAGACGCUGUCCGGGUGGACGGCCUUCCCACCUACCCUCCGCCCGCCUUCCUCCUCCCUCUUCUGGCAGGAUGAGGCGCGCAGGCCUGGGUGAAGGUAUGCCUCCUGGCAACUAUGGAAACUAUGGCUAUGCCAAUAGUGGGUAUAGUGCCUGUGAAGAAGAAAAUGACAGACUCACUGAAAGUCUGAGAAACAAAGUCACUGCAAUAAAAUCCCUUUCCAUUGAAAUAGGCCAUGAAGUUAAAAGUCAAAAUAAAUUACUAGCUGAUAUGGAUUCACAAUUUGAUUCUACAACUGGAUUUCUAGGUAAAACUAUGGGAAAACUGAAAAUUUUAUCCAGAGGAAGUCAAACAAGACUGCUAUGCUAUAUGAUGCUGUUUUCAUUAUUUGUCUUUUUUGUCAUUUACUGGAUUAUUAAACUAAGGUGAUGCAAGUAAGUGCAAGUUUGGAAUUUGUUCCAUCUUAAAGGAUUUGAGUACCACUUUAGUUAUUAAAUAAAAAAGCAUUAAAACAUUCCUAAUUUUCAAAUACUCUGGCAUUUUUCCAUUGAAGAUUAUUGUAUUUUACUGUUUCAAUAGAUAAUAUUGCUCUUUCAAUACUAUACUCUUUCAAUACA